UACUAGUUACGCAACGAAACACAAAUUAAUUAUGCAUUCUGCUUACCUCUCGUUUAGGGACAUGGUUAUGGCAUAUUUUUGGUAGUUAAAUUUAAAAAAUGAUGGAUGAAGGUUCGGAAAAUAGCAUUUAUUAUUUACUUACAAGCUUGUGUGAAAAAUUUGCUGUUGAUCAGAGUGCAGUGAGAAAAUUGCGAUCAAGGGUCUACGAAAUAUUAUUAAAGAAAAGAACCAAUAAUGAUUCUGACAAAAGUUUCAAAACUAGGAAAGGACUUGACCCUUACUGCAAUUUAUUAGCGUGGCAAUUUACUUUAGCAACAAAAUACGGUUUAGUUGAACAUGGGACAGAGUUAAAAGAAUGUGGUCAAUAUGUACGAGAACAUUUUGGUGAUGCUAUUAUUCAAUUUUUACUGUGUUUGCGCAACGUGCCCUAUGAUCAUGACGACUCAAUGGAUCUUGAGUUGCCAUUAUCUUGUAAAAAUUUGUACAAAAAUUCAGCUCUUAGAGUUAAAAGUGAUUGUUCAACAAAUGUGUUCAUGAAUUCAGAUGAAUCACAUUCAUCAGGAGAUCUUUGGGAUAUAGUAUCAAAAAACUCAUAUAGUUACAGAAAAAACUGGGAAGACUUUGGUCAUCCUGAGCCUGAUAAAGAGAAACCAUUUUUAUCGGAAUUAGGAGAAAAAUCUCAUUUGUGGGUGGAAAAUUUACCUUCAGUGUAUUUCUCCUGUACAUUUCAAAGUCCGAUUCCAGUUAGACCACAAGUAAAAACAGUUUCAGAAUUUGUGAAGGAUGUGAAGUAUCUGUUGGUGGGAAUGGCUUCUUAUUCGUUCAGUUACAAUGAAUGUGGCGACUUUUUUUUGGUACCCAAUAUUACAGUCAAGGGAUUGACACCUUCAAUCUUAAAAACAUACAGCGACGAAUUUAUUUUUUGCGGAACAUGUUAUAAAGCGCUUCAUGAAAUAGCAACACCUAGUCCAUACUCUGGGGAAUAUAAGCAAGACGGUUACAUCUUUGCUGAACUCUGCCAAAGCAUUCAACGUUAUUUGGAAUUUUAUCGCACAGUCGUUAUCGGAAUUCCUGACAACAUAGGUCUAUUAAAAUUGUACGAACGCACAAACCAGUUACGCAGUCAUCUCACAACUUUAACCGAAAUCUGCAAGCUAGGCCCUUACUCGAAAUCAGAAAGAAUGCCUCAUGGAGUCUCACUUUUAAACUAUUUGUACCAAACUGCAUUGAAUCUCACUGACAAAAAUGUUUUAUUGGUACUUUACGCUAUACUGUUUCCGUGUUGUCAAGUUUAUUUUAGCAGAUUUCUGCAACAAUGGCUUUUAGAAGGCAGUGUUAAUGAUCCAUACGAAGAAUUUUUCAUUAAAUCCAACUUUAAAUACGUAUCUACCAGAGGCAGGACUUAUUGGACUAGGAGUUAUUUCAUACGUGAAGACGUUGUUCCCGAUUUUUUACUGGACCUGAUAAUGGAUAUUUUGAAUUGUGGAAAAACGAUGAAUUUACUAAAAUUAUGCAUGCCAUCGAGUAAAUUAUGUUCAUAUUUAAUGGGAAAGAAACCUCUCAUUAUUUCUUGUUGUUUGACUUCCGAACAAUUAUCGUUAUUAGAACAAAAUGCGACGAGUUAUUACCUUGAAGUUUUGUCCGAAUGCGGGUCUAGAAUGAAGCUUGAACAGAUUGUAAGAGCAAGUAAGGAGCAAGAUCCAUUUUUCAUGAAUUUGAUUGCCAAGAAAAGAGCCAUGACGUUGAGAAGACUCGAACUUGAAAGGAAAAAAGUCUUAGAAGAGGAAAAAGAAAAAAAGCUUGACGAAAUAACCGUUUUGAAGGAGCAGUACGAUUCGGCCCUUCAACUGAAGCAGUCACGUAUAGCUUCAGAAAUUGAAACCGAGAUAAAACAGAUCGAAUUUAAUAUAUCGAUUGAAAAUGUUCGAGAUAAGUUAAUAGAGAAGGAGGCGAAGGAAAUGAUAGAUUAUUACAAUAAGCUAUACGAAAUCUCGGAUCAACGUCGAAAGAAAAUUGAAACCCACAUCCAAAAGCUAAAAACUUAUUGUUUAGACCAGUCGAUACCAGUAGAGAUUAAUUCCUCAGAGGAAUCGUUUUAUUCGGUUGAUGAUGUAGUGAAGGAAGAAGAAAACGAUGAGAAAUUUAUUGAUUCAUUACCAGAAUGCGAACAAGAGGGGGCACUGGUUUCUGAACCUCAAUCUGAAUUAAAACCGAUGCACUCGUCACAAUCGCUCGAUAUAAUUAAUGCAAAUAACGAAAAAAGCGAAGAUAAUACGAUAAAAGCUGUAAUGGAAACAUUUGCAAUGGCUCGAAAAAUUAAGGAAAAGGUAUUGUCAGAAGAAAUGGGUAUAAUACUUGCAGCACCUGUUCACAAGAAACAAGUCAGCUCAAUCUUUGAUAACGAGAAAUUAACCGAUGCGCAAAGAAAUAAAUUGAGAGUGUUAAGCUCAGAGUUCGGAAUCGAAAUUAAACCACCGCAAAUCAAGAAGAGUUUGACUCAGUGUGAAAUUAAUCGCAAUGUUGUCUUAGGAAGUAGCGACUGCUUUUACCCUUUCAAGCUAGAUAACGUGAAUUAUCUUAAUAAGAACCUUGCAACUUCUACCGAAGAGAGCGAAAAAAAGAUUAAGAAGUCGACGAGUUUGUCGUUGGACUUUGUUAAAAUUGAUCCUCCGAUACCGAUGAGCGUCGAUACGACCCCGAUGAGUGAAUCUACUACAAGUAGAUUAGUUUUAAGUGUAGAAAAAGGUGAAUUUGAAAGCAUUCCGACAACCGCCGAUACUCACAUUACUGACGAAGGAUUUGUUUUUGAUGGAAACCCCGAAUCAGGGUAUAUUCUGAUUAAAAGAAGUUUUUCGGAUACUUUGCAAAAGAAAGUCUUUUCUAAACGAGUCACUGUAGAAGAAGCUUCUGGUUUAAGCACGAAUUGUUUAAAGUUAUUUUUGCAUGAAAGCAUAUCUAUUCCACUGGCAACACAGACGAAGUUAGCAGAGAACGAGUUACUCAAAUAUUUUAUAGACAAUUUGCACUACUUCAAACAUUUGAAUAGUUUGAGAGAUUACUUUUUUCUUCAAGAUGGCGAAUUUGGUCGAAAUAUUACUGAGAAUUUGUUUGAAAAGUUGUACGACGUGCAUUUUCCUAUUGAACUGAUCAACUGUAGAACUUUGCAGAAUUUAGUCUUUGGUGCUUUACAGAUGUCAAGUAAAUUUCAAGAAAAUUCUAAUUAUUUGUCUUUUAAAAUCAAUAGUUUGCCAAAGAGGUUUCAUUUGGGAGAUCCAGACGUUUUAGAUUGCUUGUCUCUCACUUACAAAGUGCACUGGCCGUUAAACAUUUUGCUUCCGGUGGAUACUGUUAGCAAAUAUGACGAAGUAUUUAAGUAUCUUUUGAAACUCAACCGUAUUUCUUGGGUUUUAAAAAAGAUAUUUUUGGAACUGAAAAUUCUAGCAAAAGUUUCUGGAAAAAAGGAAAUAUAUCUAAUGAUAUCACCUCACUAUCGAAGAUUGCAUCAGUGCCGUCAUGUAAUGUUACAUUUUAUUCAGACGUUGCAGAAUUAUGUCGUUGGUGAAGUUCUGCAAUCUAGUUGGGAGAUUUUUGAACGAAGCUUAUCUACAGUAAACAAUUUGGAUUCUUUAUAUUUAGCGCAUACAACAUACAUAAAAAAUAUUUUAUUUUUAUGUCUGUUAAAUCAAAAGUCGACGCCUUUGAGAAAAGUUAUACAUAAAAUUUUCGUUGUGAUUUUGAAAUUUUAUGAUCAUUUAAGAUCAAGAAGUUGGAACUGCGAAAAUGGUACAUACGUGCAUCCAAAUUUCUCUAAAUUAGAAAGCAUUUUUCAAAAUUUCGAGGAAUUUGUCCUGUAUUUGUUUAAAAUAGGAAGAAAAGUUGCAAGAAGUGGCUAUCAACCUCACCUCACACAGUUACUCGAUAUGUUGGAUGUUAAUGGUUAUUACUCUGCAAAAAAUGAUAUUCAUGUUACUUGAACUUUUAUUAAAUGUUGUAAAAAAAUAAUAAAUAAAUAGGUAUUUAAUGCCACUUAAAAUUA